UUCAGGUUCAUCGACGCUCCGCACGCGCUGCCGCGAAUUCUUCAGUGCUCACGACGCAAGACGCGUCUUUUUCGGCCCAAAAACGAAUCGAAGUCUUCGCAGUGCGUUUCCAGACCAGACUCCCCCACCCCCGACUCUCUCCCUCUCCAGCGCGCUCUCUCCCCGAAGAGAGUUUCAGUGGUUGGUGGUUUGGUUCGGUGGUUCGGUUGGUGGUGCUGCCGAAGCUCUGCCGACGCCGACGACGACGCCACGUCGGGAAAACCAACCUCUUGCAGUGAAAAUCUUUUCGUACGUUUUCGUUAUUUGUUAUUCGCACGUUGACGCGACGAGACCGCGAAACACGACAGCAGCAGCGGCAACGGCAGCAGCAACAGCGAUUGCAACUGCAACUGCAAUAAUGAUCGCGCGUGCAACAGCAACACGAAAGUUAGUGGCAAACCCUAAAGUAUCUAGCCCGCAAAUGCAACACUAAACUGGCCGAAUCCGUUGCAACCAAGUGAAAAGUGUGUGUCUUACAAGCCAUCAGCAAUAUAAAUCAAUUGUAGCCGAAAACGCACAAUAGCCAAACACGCAAACGCAGCAUAAGCACAAAUGAAAUACAUAGGAAAAGUGUGAUAUUUUGAUAUUAGCAAUUAGAGUUUACACAACGCAGCCCGAAAAAUAUUUGUUAAAUGUGUCUGCCCCCAGGCGAAGCCGAAAAUUGGAUAAUGCUUGGAUAAUCCCCCCUACAAACAAAAACAGAGAUAUGCCUGACUAUCUGCGGCGCUCGGACUCUGCCACCAUCUAAAUCAAAGAGUCUCGCCAGGUAGCCCGCAAGAAUCCCAGACCCCGCAGGCUGGAUCACUUGUGGCCGGAGUUGCCAAGGUCAGCACAACAGCAACUGGAGAACCGCCCCCCUUCCCCGAACCAAUCCCCGACCCAACCGGAAGCCUCCAAUCCGCAGGAGAAGCCGCCGCUGAAGCCGCAAAAAGUUGACCUCAUGACGAUGGCAGAAGGCACCGACCCCAUGGGGCAUGGUCACCACACGAAUCCGCACAAUCCGCCCCAGCAGCCGCCGCAGCACCACCCGCACCACAUGCCCCUGCCCCACCCCCCUCCGGCACCGCCGCCGCAGCUGCUGAACUUCAACCCCCAUCAUCACCAGCAGCAGCAGCAGUAUCUGCCCCACAUGUACCCUGCGCCCGCGGCUGCUGCCCAAUCUCACUCCCACUACGGUGGCUUGCAGUAUCCGCAUCCGCACGCCCUGCAGCACCAGCACCACCCCCACCAGCACCACCUGCCGCUGGCCCUCAGCCUCCACCAACAGGCGGCCGCAGCUGCGGCGGUGGCUGCAGCGGUGGCCACCAACCACUCCAACAACAACAAUCAGGCCAGUGUGGCCAACAACAACAUAGUGGUGCCGUGGAAGCAGCGCAAGCGCAAGCGCCUCUCGGCAGUGCUGGACAAGCUGCACCACCAUAAUAACAACAAUAACAACGAGACCCACUCGAAUGGUGUGGCCUGUAAGGCGGAACCCAUGGAAAUGGAGGAGGAUUUGCCCGAAGACGGUGAACAGGAUGAAGAGGAUCGCGAUGGUUCCAUACCCGACGAAGAGGAGGAGGAGCGGGAGGAGGAUGCUGGCAAGUACAUUAAGAGCGAGCAGCCCGUCAGCGAGGACGAGGAGAACGAACCGGAAAUGGACAACGAGAACGAGGACAUUUCCGGCGAGGAUCUCGAGCUGUCGCACAGCGAUGAUAACGAUCAGGACAGCCCCAGGAUCAGCAUGAGUCCUCUGCAACUGCAGGCCGCCCAGAGCAAUCUGCCCCAGGAUCAGAGCCCGGCGCUGAACAAGGAGAAUCCGCUGCAUGUGGACAUCAAGACUGAGAUCCCCAGCCCCUACGAUAGGUAUUUCCCGAUACCGUCUCCUCUGUUCGGCUACUACCUGCACACCAAGUAUCUAAAUGAGGUGUUCCGCCGGCGUCCUGAUCUCUAUCCCUCGCCCCUGCAGCACACCCCCUCUUCGAUCGCAUCGGAGACGGAGACUUCGCCCACUUCCAACGAGCGGAAGAGCAGCUCCAAUCACAUGCUGCCCCACGCUCUGCUGGCCAAUAACUCACCUCCGCCAUCGCUUCCCUCGCCGCCGCGCAGCGAAUCCUCGGUAAGCAACAGUGUGGCCACCACAACCACCUCCAGCUCCACCAAGAAGCGCACUAGUCCCAAGCCCAAGGGCAAGAAGGGCGAAAAGAAGCCCAUGCCGCCGCCCCAGGAGCGUCCUCUGGAUCUGUGCAUGCGCAACGAGGUGGAGCCCAAGAAGUACAAAAAGUCCGGAUCCAAAUCCUCCCAGGAGUCGCGUUCCGCCGUCAUGAUGCCACCACCGCCGGCCCUGAGUGCGGCCAGCAGUCUGGAGAGCAUGAGUGCCCUCUCGCCGGCUUCGAGUAGCCACUCCGGCCACAUGCCCAUCACCACCGCUGCCACGCCCAACCACCAGCCACCGCCCAACUCCCCGUAUGCCAACGCCAUGAACGCUGCCCAUGCAGCGGCUGCGGCGGCGGCUGCAGCGAUGAUCAAGAUGGAGAUGCCAUUGCACCCGCUGCACCACCAGCAGAUGCACCACUCCCAGGUGCCCACCACCACGGUGGGAGUGCCGGUGAUCAAGGGCGAUGUGGCCUCGCCCACAACAAAGGAAACGGUGGCAUGGCGCUACAACCUGGACGUCUCCCCGGUGGUGGAGGAGAUGCCUCCCGGCUCGGAUGUGGCCUACGUUUGCCCCACCUGCGGCCAGAUGUUCUCGCUGCACGACCGCCUGGCCAAGCACAUGGCCUCGCGCCACAAGUCCCGCAAUCCCGCUAACGAUAUUGCCAAAGCCUAUUCCUGCGACGUGUGCCGGCGAUCCUUCGCCCGCUCCGACAUGCUGACCCGCCACAUGCGCCUGCACACGGGCGUCAAGCCGUACACGUGCAAGGUGUGCGGCCAGGUGUUCUCGCGCUCGGACCACCUGUCCACCCACCAGAGGACGCACACCGGCGAGAAGCCCUACAAGUGUCCGCAGUGCCCGUACGCCGCCUGUCGCCGGGACAUGAUCACCCGGCACAUGAGGACCCACACGAGAUACGAUUCCAGGGGUGGAUCGCGGGAGGGCAGGGAAGGCCGUGAAGGACGCGAAGGCCGGGAGAGCCGCGAGUCGCGCAGGAGCGGCGAGAGAAUGGAGGAGCCCAAGUCGCCCAGUUCCCAUCCGCUGCUGGACAUGAAGAUGAACAUGAACAUGGGCAUGGGAAUGGGUCUCAACAUGGGCCUGCCCAUGAACCCGAUGAGCCUGCUGCAGGAGGAGCUGCUGCAGAAGUCCCAGCCGGGCCUGACCCUCGGAGGACCCAUGCCCCUGGUGGUCAAGACGGAGAGCGCCUAACGGUGCCUGUAUGCAGCGGCAUCCAGGCCAUUCAUGACCUGUUAGGCACCAUCCGUCGUCCGCUGACAGGCCCAGCUUAGUGCUACAACAACCAUCGAAAACACAACAAAUCAUUAACUAGAGCAGUUGUACUUGUACCGGAAAUCUCUGCGAAGACUGAGGAACCUUAAUACUACCUACAGUUUAAAUAGGCUAAAGAACCAUCAACUAAUUUUUAGAGGAGAGUUAGAGGGCAGCACUCAAGACCACCCAACGUAUUAGCACCUAAACUAGUUCUAGUUGCUAGAUCCCCUCGCGUAAUCGAACCCCCGGGAGUUUAGAUAGCCAGGAUCUUCGAUACAGCUAGCAAUUCCAUGUUCCACACUUAGGCUAUACUAGAUAUAAAGGCGGUCAGGUCCGCGACGAUCUGACCUCUCAGCAUUUUGAGCAACGUUGAAAUUAUUAAGCUAGACUCGCUACAUAGGCUAAUAGGCUCGCCGCAUUGGAGAAAGGCACUAGAAUCGUACUCUUACUUUUAAUUUACCCCUAAUUUAUUGGUAAUGUUACUCAGCAGCAUGUACACUUAUACCACAACGAUUUGUAUUAAUUUAAUUUAACUAUUUAAUUUAGCUUAAUAGCCUACAGAAAACACAAACAAAAGACAAAGAAUUCUCCCUAGGGCACAAAAAAAUACCACAAAAACUCAUUUCCAUGGAAAUCCUACAAGACAAGCUUGAAACAAAAAGCAAUUCCUUUUUUGUUCAACAAAACACGUUUAAAUUUACUUUACCUUUGUAAUGAUUUUACGCUCGCUCUCUAAUGUUUUACUACUUUUUGUUUUCAUGAAAUGAAAUAAAAACCUUUAAGUUUUCUUUAGUUCAUAAACCAUCUUUGGAUUGGACGCACCUCACCCUCUCCGGCCCCCAGGCGGGGACAGGUUAACCCGUUUGUCCCCCGGGGACGGAAAUCCCUUCGGGGUCGUUCCAUGUUUCAAGUUGAAGUUUUUCGUUAUUUAUUAUAAAAAAUGAAACAAAGCCCCGACACCCGCUUAUUGAUUAUUAGUUCUUAGCUAAACGUUUAAAUAAAUUAUUAACUUAUGUUAUUCUAGUUGGUUAUGAUUAGCCUUAGUUAAAACGUUUUUCACAAAAUAAAACAAAACAAAGUCUACACAUGGACAAUGUCAUGCAAAAGAGAA